GACGACGAUCCGAAUUUCAUCCCUCUGAUUUUGACCGCCGAACAGCAGGCCUACGUCCAAGAGUUGAAUCGCAAAGCCGCUUCUCUCAGCGGCGAGAUCCAAGAUCUACGCCUCCGCCUUCCGCCGCCGGACAUCUCCCAACGCCUUCCCGAUCUCCAUGCCCACUCCCUCGCAUCCUACGCCGACCUUGCUCUUCAGCUCAAUUCCCACUCCGCCACCAAAGAACAGUCACAACUAAGAGAAGUUACAUUGCUGGAAGAAAAUGCUGAAUAUGAGAAGGCCAUAUCGAAUUGUAGAAACAAAAUUGAAGAGAAGCAGCGGGAAGCUGAUAAACUUCAAAUUAAGUUAAAGGAAAUGGAUUUGGCAGAAGAAAACUUGAAAUUGGAAUUACAGAGUGUGCAAGCUGCAUUGGAGAGCCAUUCCAUAGAAACAAAUGAAACUGUAACAAACUCUACUGCAGGAGAUGGUACAGAAUCUUCUAGUUCCAUGACAUUGGAGAAAUUAGAGCUCAAGAAAAAGGAACUGGCAUCAAUGGAAAAACACAUUCAAGACCUUGAGAUAGAAUGGGCACAAGUUCAGGAUAAUGCAUUGAAACAACCUUCUGCAGCUCAGCGUGAGAAAAUACUGGACAAACAGCUUCACAGCUUGAUUGAACAGCUUGCUUUCAAACAGGCCCAAGCAGAAGGCAUAGUCAAUGAGAUUCAUAUACAAGAGAUGAAGUUAGAGAGAUUGAAUGGCCUUCAGAAGAGGUCUGUAAGCAGCAACUCAGAUAUGAUAAGUGCAAGGAGCAGGUAUGGAAGAAGCAGCUUUGACAAAGGACUCAUGUCAGAUUACAUUGUUGACCCUCGUCAGAAGCCGAUGAUGCAUCAGGAGGCUGGCCGAACUGAGGGCAUUCCGAAGCAAAUUCUGCUCAGGUCAGCUUUUGUUAUCUAUAUUUUCGCUCUACAUAUCUUGGUGUUCAUCAAAAUUUCAAUUUAAACAUCAAAGCUCAUCCAUGAGUCAAACAAACCAAAUGGGUUAGUCAUGAAUUGGCUGUUUAUGAGCUUGUAAUCUCUGGUACAUAAAUUUUAUUAACAUUAUGCAGUUUGAAAUAGUUUGAGAACACGAAUAAUUAGAUACUGGAGCUUUCUCUUGUCCUGACUUCACUCAAUUUGUAACUAAAAUAGAGCUUGGAUG